GAUCUUAGUUCGUGAAAGUACGAGCGACACUAAGCUCGUGGCUAACGCCGGUCAAAAUUCGAACUAAUAUGGUUUUUGCCGGUUACGUAACGAGACACUACUCUAGUGAGUAAUUAAUACAAAACAGGAAAGACUAUUUCAACUAAUUUCGCUGUGAAAAUUUUGUGAAUUGGUAAAGUAUACAGAUUGUGAUCCUAACACCCCAGAAUCUGAUGUACCUAUUUAUAAAAGUAAUUGAGGAAGUUUGUAAUUGAAAAAAAAUCUAAUAUGGAAACCGGAAAGGAAGUAAGAGUAUCGUUAUGGUAUUUUGGGGGCUUGGCAUCAGCCGGAGCUGCCUGUGUCACUCACCCUUUAGACUUACUGAAGGUUCAAAUGCAGACACAAAAGGGGAAGAAUAUAUCAAUGUUCCAGUUAACAGGAAUAGUACUUAAAAAUCAAGGUGUUAUGGGAUUAUAUAAUGGAAUUUCAGCUUCCCUUUUGCGUCAGCUUACAUACUCUACAGCAAGAUUUGGAAUUUAUGAAGUUUCAAAACAACAAUUUUCACCAAAAGAUGGUAGUGGUUUGCCAUUCUAUAUGUCCGCCUUCCUUGCGGGUCUAGGAGGAUUUGCAGGUGGUUUUGUUGGUAACCCAGCUGACUUAGUCAAUGUACGCAUGCAAAAUGAUGUCAAACUCCCACCAGAGCAAAGAAGGAAUUACAAAAACGCUAUUCAUGGGCUAUAUAGAGUUGCAGCGCAAGAAGGCGUCACGCGUUUGUGGGCCGGCGCUUCGAUGACAUGCAGUCGCGCGACCCUGAUGACAAUUGGACAGCUGUCCUUUUAUGAUUUAAUAAAAAGUACAUUGCUAUCUUCGCCAUACUUUGGAGAUAAUGUUUUGACACAUAUUACUUCGAGUGUCUUAGCUGGCGCUAUCGCAACUACAUUGACACAGCCUGUAGACGUAUUAAAAACUCGCGCUAUGAACGCCAAACCAGGUGAGGUGACUAGUAUUUUGCUCUUAAUUAAAAACACUGCCAAAGAAGGACCUCUCGCGUUCUUUAAGGGAUACAUUCCAGCAUUUGUUAGACUUGCGCCACACACUGUUCUCACGUUCGUGUUCCUAGAACAACUGAGAAUGAACUUUGGAACCAUUAAACCAGAGUAUAUAUCUAUUUAAUAUGAUUGUUUACACGAUAUUGACUGCACAAUAUUGCCUUAGGGACUAAUUACACUUAUUCAGGUAUAUUCGCGUUUCGCUGGACAAUUAAUGGUGACAGAACAAAACCAGACAGAAACAUUUUAUCUGAACAUGGUAAAAUCAAUUUAUCCUUGUUUUAUGCCUGUUAGUAGCUUAAGUUAUUUUUGUUUCCUCUGCAAUCUCACGUGGUGGUAAGUGGUAAUGCAGUCUGCAGUCUAAGGUGGUUACGGACUAACCUGUUUCGGGGCAUGGCAGUUAUAUUAAACCCAAAACACCCUAAUCUGUUUCUAAGCGACAUCGGUCCGGAUCGUUUAAUCGCGACGUGCCGUCUUUGCUUGAACUAAGAGUCUGCCACGAGACAAAAUAUAGUUUACUAAAAAAAAGAUGAGGACACCUGAACGUGUGCGUAUACGCAUCAGUAAGAACAACAGCUGAAUAAGUGUAGUUAGUCCCUUAGUGUGCUAGUUUGCACUAUAGGAUUGGUGUUAAAAAAUAUUAUACUUAUCAAAUGUUACGAAAUGUCUAUAUUAUUACAAAAUGGUUAUUCUGAAAUUAAAUUUCAAAUAGUUAUGCUUAUAAACAAUGUGUGGUCAUGGUUUUAUAAUUUCGGGUAUCGCUUUUAUAUAGAUUCCAUUUUAGGCUAUUUGACUAACAUACAUAAAUGAUCUGUGUUACAUGUUUUCAUUGUUUUUAUUUAUUUUUGUAUUGAAUUUUUCUUAUACAAUUAGAUUUUAUGCUGGCAUGUAUUUAAUAUUACAAUAAUGCGUGUUUAAAAUGUGCGAUAGAAAAGUUUAAAAGAAAAUGACCUAAGUUACCAUGAGAGUGAUAACAAUGGAUGGAAAUUGUAUUUUAUAGUAUUUUUGAAAUGGUUUUACAUUAUUUUAAUCAUUAUUUUUUAUGUUUUUAUGUUCUAAGAACACAAUCCGCUGUGAAAGAUAAAUAAACGGUGUAGUAAAUAUUAUUUUGAUAAAAACUAUUCAAUAAAUAGGAUAGUUUUGGUGUUUUAUAAGUAGAAUCAAAUUUACACUAAGUGCAAUCAUGUUAUGGGCACAUAAGCUUAGCUAUACUAAGAUAUCUCUGAACUUGCCUAUCAAUUUACCAAUAGUUUACAGAGGGUAUUUCUGAUGCAUUUUAAAUUUUUUCUGCUCAAAAUAGUAAAUAGUUAAGGUUCAUUAUUCAUAAUAAUUUACUAUUUAGCUCACAAGUGUGGUAAGUUUAGAAAUUUACUCGCUAUUAGAACCUCUAAAUCCAUAAAUUAAACUACAAUUUGACUGCAUUGUCGCAAUGACCAAUUCAAACUAAAUUAAUGAUACUAAGUUUAUCAAUGUAUUUGUUGGUGAAAGUUACCUAAAAUAGCGUUACCCCUUAUUACUAUGCCCUGAUAGCUGAGUUAUAAUGAUAGAUGAGAAAUAUUUCCUAUCCCAGUUUAAAAAAACUUUUACAGUGCUGUUGUACUUUUAAGUUCAACAGUAGAGAAUGCUUUAUUGAAAAAGUUAUACCUACCAAUGUUAUACAACCUAUGAAAUAAUGUUAUAAAUACCUAUGAAAUAUAUAUGCCAAUAAUAUUAUACCGCCCAACAUCUCUUAUUUUAAAUCUUUUGAUAAUAAGAAGCCGAACUACUAGAUACAUAUUAUAGGUACAUAUAGUUAUUUUGAUAAAAUAUAUUUUUUUAAAGGCAUAUAAAGGUUCGUAUAUAUACACGUCGCGCUGCCGAAAUAGACAAAAUGUAUGCCUAAUCUUAAAGGGCAUCAUCCACGAUUCACAUUUUUGGUCCAAAAGCAAGCCGGCCAAGAAAAAUAUGUGCUGAAUUUUGUUACCUACUCCUCCUAAACACUUUUUAUUAUGACACCGAAGAUGAUCAUGACAUGAUUAUUUAGUCUACUUUCCCUUAUAAAUAACUGAUGAUAUAUAAUAAACUUUUCAUGAUGUGACGGAUAUAUGCAUAUUCAAAAAUAUAUUUCUUAGUAGAUGAUAGGCAAAUGUUUUGAUUAUGACAUUUGUACCAAAAUGGAUGAUGUCCUUUGUAUUAUAAAAGCAUCCAUCGAAACUGUUAUUUACGCAGAUAAUGCCCAAUUAAACAAUAUUCCGUUUCAACGUUAAGUACUACUAAUUCUAUAAGAAUAAGGGUACAUAGACUUAACAAGCUAAUAACUGACGACGUGUACAUUUACAACUCAUGCCUGUGCCAAAUAAUAGAUCCUCAAAUUUGUCAUGACUGCACGGUUUGCUAAUAUUAACUGGCCAGGUGACGUGUCAGAACACGUGUGACAUAUGAUUGUGUUCCAUAGUCCCAGCAAGAAAACUGACCGACUGGUAAACACAACAGUCAUGAAUAGUUAGGCACAAAGUUGUUUUGUGGAUGAGUUUUCUUGUUCUCUUUGUAGUAUAGGACUUUGCAAUUAAUUGAUUGAAUAUUCUCUUAGCUCGCAAAUAGUUUAUUUUAAAAAAAAGUACUAAACACUUUUAAAAUGAUUUCAAAAUAAAAGCCCUAUGAACUUAAGAAAUAAGUACGUAAAAAAAUAUUACGCAAUAUUAUUAUUUUAAUACCUAUAUGGUAUUUCAAUUUUCUAAAAUGUAACUCGUAAAGAUCUUUUUACAACUUAUGGUUGUGCGUUGUGAUUUAUAUGUGAUACAAAUAUGACGAAACCAAAAAAAGUUUUCUUGUUUGACUGCGGCACCGUAAUAAUUGAUCGGUGCAUAUGGUGUACAAAUUUGAAGAUCUAUGGUAUGAACUCUAAGCCAAAAAUACCUAAAAAUAGUUGCAAUUAUAUCGUGUUAGAUCGGUACUUUAAAACCGUUUGAUAUAUUUUUUGAAUUAUUUUUACAAACAUGAGUCAAAUGAUAUGACUAACAUUCCUCAAUAAUGUAAUCUAUUCUGCAUAAGUACAAUUUUUAAAAUAAUGUUAAAAUAUAUUUUUCAAUGAGUAAGUUUGUAUUUAUUAAGUACAAAAAAAAUAUAUAUAUAUAAUAAAAUUCUUAUUUUAUGAAAGCGCUUAAACAUAGAAGGUACAAUCGUAAUUGUAACGCCAGGUCUAGAACUUAAAAAAUCUAUACUUCCAAUAUGUACCAGUUUUAUUCGUUGUAGAUUUUGUAAUAUUUAUUUGUUGUUUAUAAUACUAUACUAACUAGUUUUACUAGUCACGUACAUUAAAUGUUGUUACAAUUGUGUAAGACUUGAUGUCCACGAUAUUAGCGGUUGUGUAUUAAAGUGUUGAAUAUUA